GAUGGCGCGCGUUCAUUUAUGAUAAAUUAAUUAUGAGUUGUAAUUAAAUAAUUGAAGAAAACAAGCCCAAAUUAACUUCUUCUCCUGGCAGAGAAUGAGCAACAAUUAAGGAAUGUUGCUUUAUUCACUGGAAUGGAAGAACUUCCAUCUACUGCAUUAAAAUGGCCGUUUCCAAAGACUUUAAAUGGAAGAUUAUGGCGUCUUAGCAGCGCAAUUAUUAUUGGAGGAACUGCUGCUUUUAGUAAAAUAUGGCUAGGUUGGCUGAACAGGAAACAUGUAUAUAAUCUAAAUAUUCUUGAAAACACAUUUUCUCGUGGCAAAGAUACACCUUUGCUCACUGUAACCAAUCAUAUUUCCUGCUUUGACGAACCCUUGGUUUGGGGAAUGUUGAAAUGGAGGCAUGUCAUGAAUGCUCAAUUGAUAAGAUGGGCUAUUGGAGCUGAUGAAAUGUGUUUUUAUACCUGGUUAUUGAGCCAAUACUUUAGCAAAGGAAAGGUAAUUCCAGUAAUAAGAGGCAAUGGUAUUUACCAAAAAGGAAUGAAUUUUGCACUUGAUCGUCUUGAUGAUGGUCAGUGGGUUCAUAUUUUUCCAGAAGGAUAUGUGAAUGCAACAGGAGACAAUUGUCGUUUAAAAUGGGGUGUUGGCAGACUAAUUGCAGAAUCAUCUAAAGUUCCAAUUGUCAUUCCUUUCUGGCAGCUAGGACUUGAUGAUGUAUUACCAAACAGAAAACCUUAUAUACCCAGAGUUGGAAAGCAUGUCACCAUCAAUAUUGGAAAACCCAUGUUUUUUAAUGAUAUCAUCAAUGAGUACAGAGAUCUGAAGGAAACAGCGAUUGGAGCUCGCAAGAGAAUAACUGACAGAAUACAGGAGAGGUUUCAAGAGUUAAAAGAAGAAACAGAGAGAUUGCACCAAACACACAAGAAAUAACAAAAAAUACAGCACCACAAAUUACUGUUUUACAAUGCUUUU